AUGUGGAAUACUCUUUUUAGAACCUCUGCCCAAAAUAUUAGAAGCCUCGGAGUGUUUGCAAGCUCCAGGCUCGCUUUGUCUGCCACCAAGGUCGCCACCUCUGGCAUCAACGGAUCAAGAAUUACGGCGUCUAUCCAUAACAAAUACAACUCUGCUGCCGGUUAUGCUACCUCAUCCAAGAGUAAUGAGGAUGAAUUCAUUCAAAGUAGACUCAUGGAAAUCAACUCGAGGAUCCAAUCUAAUCCUAGAGUGUUUGAAGCGUACGGGAGUCUCCAAAAAUUGAUUGCCGAUAAAGGAGUGUUGUCACUGGGGGCCAAACCAUCGUAUUUCCAAUUGAUGAAGAUCAUGAGCGAUUCUGAGAUUCAAAUGGCGGUGCAGAAAGUUGCCAAAGAAAUGAAGGCCGCGAACAUCGAGCUUUCUAGAGAAGACAUCGAGCCGUUGAUCGAGUUGUUGAGCAAGAAGAAUUGA